AUGGACAACCUACAGGAGACCUUCCUCAGCCUUGAGGAUGGCCUGGACUCCUCCAAUAGCCCUGGCCUGCUGUCCUCCUGGGACUGGAAAAACAGGGCAAGGCCUUUUGAGCUAAAUCAGGCCUCCCCAACUCAAAGCCUUUCCCCGGUUCCAUCACUGGAGUCUUAUUCUUCUUCUCCCUGUCCAGCUGAAGCUGGGCUGUCCUGUGGGCAUGGCGGGACCAGCAAUGGGGGCAGCAAAGGCUGUAGCAGCCAUGGGUCUGGUGGCCUAGUAGAGGUGGACUACAAUAUGUUAGCUUUCCAGCCUGCCUAUCUGCAGAGCACCGGUGGCCCCAAGGCCCAGAAGGGCACCAAAGUCAAAAUGUCUGUCCAGCGGAGAAGAAAGGCCAGCGAGAGGGAGAAGAUGAGGAUGAGGACCUUGGCAGAUGCUCUGCACACUCUCCGGAAUUAUCUGCCACCUGUCUACAGUCAGAGAGGCCAGCCACUCACUAAGAUCCAGACCCUCAAGUACACCAUCAAGUACAUUGGGGAACUCACAGACCUCCUCAACAGUGCCAGAGACUCCAGAGCCCAGAGUAUGUGA